ACUUGGCUUCAGUAUGCUUGGAUUCUCACGAGUUUUGUGUGCGUCACACACUUGGGUGCAGAAUUGCGUCGAGGCAAGUCACAUUCGAACACACGCUCGACUAUUCACCUACCGCGAGAAGGGCAUCAUGAGCCGCAGUCGGUCGUCCAUAAGCCACCGCUCGUCCAUUAGCAGCAGCGUAGCGGGAGCACCCACGGCACUGCGCAAUGACGCAAUCUUGUACCUGACGAUCCUCUCAGCGCGCGACCUUAAGAGGGUGCAGACUCUGGGAGAGCAGGACCCCUACUGCAGUGUGUACCUGACGACGGGAGGGAAGGAACAGGAGAAGGCAGCGUUUAAGACGGACACGCACGACAACGGAGGGACGCAACCGAUGUGGAAUGCAAAGGGCCACAUUUUGAUCCCCGACAUCUCGUCGGAUAUCGUGCGCUUCCGUAUCAAGAACAACAACUGGGGGAAGAACACGGUGAUCGGAGAGAUCGCGUUGGCGAUGCGAGACUUGUCCCGAGGACGAUCCAUGGAGAAGGAGUUCGCGUUGACCCCCACGGGCUAUUUGAAGGUGCUGAUGUAUCUGUCACUGGGUCACGAAAACCCGACAUCACAGCCUCGCGUGAAAUUUGGCGAAUAUCCGCAGCACUUCAUUCCCGGCAAGACCAAACUCUACCUGGGUCUGAUCUCGGGUAGCAAACUGCGCGAUAUCCAGUCGUUCGGCACUCAAGACCCAUUCUGCGAAGUGUACCUUGGUCGCAGUCGCGUUCCUUCAGCAAAGGACCUGGUGUAUAGAACGAAAACCCAUGACAAUGGAGGAAAGAACCCGCGCUGGAUCGAGGCUAUCGCGGUUAGCGUGAGAUGCAUAGAGCACGACUUCCUCGUGAUUCGGGUCAUGAACGACAACACUGUGAAGGAGUAAGUGAGGACAACGCACUCUAUUCUGCCCAGUGCUCUAACUUUUGCUGUUUGUGUGCGUGUAGUACGCUUAUUGGAGAGCUGUGCUUGAAGGUAGAGAUGCUGAUCGGCCGCAAUUUCGAGGACAAGAGCUACCCCAUCGAAGCGGACGACACGAUCGUGGGGCAGGUGCGACUUCAGCUCGCGCUAUUCAACGACGAGAUUAUGGACGAGGACGAGAUCCGCGACUGCGACGUGGACGGCUGCUCGUGCGCUUCGACACACCCUGUUCGUGCCACGAAGGUCGGCGAUGUGCUUAUCAAUGGCAUUUCUCCCGAAGGUGUGCAGUAUCUAGAAGCCGGUACCGCUGUGCACACGGGCUGCGAACUGGCAGGCGACUAUGUCGUGGACAAGGACGUGUACGAAGGUGACGGAUGGGAAGGAGAGGAACUCGAUACUCGCCGACUGGAGCAACUUGACAGCGAUGAGUGGGAAGGCGACGAAUUGUAGAUGGCUACAGUAGGCAAAUAAAAAAUGCCUGGGGACAACCAAGGGCAACUGAACCUACACUUGGAAAAAAUGGCUACAGUUGAUAUCGUUUCGUCGUAGGAACA